AUGAGUUUACAAGAAUUAACAGAAGUACCUAUUCAUAUUGGAAUAGAUUUAGGAACAACAUAUUCAUCUAUAGCUAUUUAUUCUGAAAAUGAGACAAACCCAGUCGAAGUACUACAAAUAUCAAAUAAUGAAUUUUCAAUACCAUCAUGGGUUGAAAUAUUUAAAGGAGGUGAUGGAUUAAAAAAGUACAAUGUUGGUCUUAUUGCAAAGAAAAAUGGUGGUAUUUGUCUUCAUGACUCUAAAAGAUUAAUAGGAGAAACAGUUAAACAUUAUAAUGAACAAAAAAACUUAUUACCAACUUUUACAUCAUUUGAAGUUUCAACCGACAAUAAUGAAAUAAAAAUGUGUGUUGAUGACCCUCUUGAUUCAUCAAAGCAAGAAAGUUUUUAUCCAAUUGAAGUAUCAGCAAUGGUUCUUAGAACAUUGUAUAAUAUACUUGUUAAAAGAAUUGGAAAUAGAAAAAUAGGAAAAGUAGUUAUUACUGUCCCUGUUUCUUUUACACCAAAACAAAAGAAAGAAACAAUUCAAGCUUGUAAAAUGGCAGGAUUUGAAGAUAUUACUUCAUUAGAAGAACCAUUUGCUUCAAUCUUGGAAUAUCAAAGAGAACAUCAUGUGAAAGAUAAAUCUAAAAUUAUUGUAAUUGACUGUGGUGGAGGAACAACAGAUGUUGCCUGUUACUUUAGAAAACAACAAGAACCAAAUGCUCUAAAUGAAAUAAAAACAGAAUGUAUAUGUAAUGAAAGUGAUCUUAAUCUUGGUGGAAAUAAUUUUGAUGAUUCUCUUAUUAAAAUCAUUCUUGAUAAAAUCAAAGAGAGUGUUGAUGAUAGUACAUUCAACAAACUCUUUGUUGUAAAGAAUUCUGAUACAAAAAAAACUAAGAAAAUGAAAUUAAAAGCAAUGAAACAAAUAAGAAAUAUUGCUGAAGAUGUCAAAAAGUCAUUUUCUGGCAAUUUAAGUUAUUCUCCAAUUGAUUUAUAUUCAAUCUCUGAAGAACUUGAUGGCUCCAUAGAAGUCACAAGAGAAGAAUUUGAAGAACAAUGCCAGAAAGAUGGGCUUAUUGAAAGAAUUAAAAGAUGUAUAGAAAAUGUGAUGAAAGGUGCACGUUGGAAUGUAAGUGAUGUAGAUUAUGUUUUACCAAUAGGUGGUUCGUGUUGUAUUCCACUUGUUAAAAAAACAAUUUGUGAUAUGUUUGGAGAGAAGAAAAUUAUUGGAUUUGGUUCUGAUGGAUAUCUAAGUGUUGUGAAAGGAGCUUCUUAUAGAGCAUAUCAAAUAUCAAUAAAUAAAGAAGAUGAUAUAACACAAGUAAUGCCAUAUACACUUGGAUUUGGAAUGGUUAAUAAUAAAUAUGAUGUUUUUGCACCUAAAGGAAGAAAAUUACCAAUUACUUUUGAGGGAGAGUAUUUUAAUGCAUUUGAUAAUCAGAGUGAUAUUGUUGACACUAUUUAUAAAGGAGAAGGUCAGAAAACAAAUGAAGAAGGAAUGGAACUUGUUACAAAAGUAACAAUAGAAGGACUUCCACCUGGAUUAAAAGCAGGAGAAUUUAAAAUAAUUGACAAAACAACAGUAAAUAGAAGUGGUCUUGUUGAAGUCGAAAUCGUUAAAAAAGAGACAGGGAAGUAUCUUGAAAAAAUGAAAGCAUUUGUGAAUUUAGGAUUUGAUGAAGAUAUGCUCAAGAAGCUUCAGCAACAUCUUGAACCUUACAUCAAAAAUUCUGAAUAA